AUGUCAUAUCUUGGCAAGGGUAGAAAGCAAGACCUCAUAAAUCUGUCUGUAGAAUUAGGUCUAGAAGUUCCCCCAAAUGCAAAAAUACAAGAUCUUAAAAACCUCAUUGUACAGAGCCCUCAGUAUGACGAAAAAUUCGUCGAGGCAACACUAGAGUCGAUUAUCGAAGCGCGAAUCGAACAACAUAGACUCGAAGAAGCCGAAGAGCGUAAACUUGAAAGGGAAAGGGAGAGAGAAUUUGAAUUAGAACGUCUAAGGUUGACAAACGCCAAUAAUGGCAGAGAAAAUUCUCAAAAUAAUAUUCCGAGAUCUAUGAGAGAUUUGCAAAAUUUAAUGCAGAGAUAUAAUCCCGAAUCAUCGGAUAUUUCGCUUUACUUAGCGAUGUUUGAGCGUCAGGCUCGCAAAGCGAAGGUAGAGGAAGGAGACUGGGUGUCACAUUUGAUGGCUCUAUUGCCAAUGGACAUUGUUUCUAUUAUUCUACGAGAGCCGGAACAGGAGCUAGAUAAUUACUCCUACGUAAAGAAAAUUCUUUUGCAGCGGUUUAAGUUGAACCCAGAGGCGUUCCGCGUCAAAUUUGUUCAACACCAGCGUCGUGCGGGUAGUUUAUAUAAAGACUUUGCUUUUGAGUUAAAAAACUAUCUAGAUGAAUGGUUAAACGGAGUAGACGUACGAGAUUUCGAUGCGCUAAAAGACUUAAUGUUGACGGAUCAAAUUAAACGUCGAGUAAACAGCGAAAUUCGCGAACACUUCGUGGAUGAGUGGCCGAGUAUAAUAUCUUCUGCCGAACUAGUGAAGAAAUUAGAUGAAUAUGAAGCAGUACGAAAGUCCGUAAAAAAACCAACAGGUUUUACUAAAAAUACCGAACAGGAUUCAAAUAUUAAAGAAAGGAAAAAAGGAGAAUUUUCAGAUCGAGUACGUCGCCAUGAUAAUGUUUCGAAAGAAAAAACUGCGGAGAAAUGGAAGUCAAGUGUUUUCGAAAAACGGAGAAUACCUAGAUGUUAUGAAUGUAAUUCAGAUAGUCAUCUCCGACCUCAGUGUCCUCGGUUAAAAAGACAAGAGGCCGCUGAAGAAACUGUAAACAAACUAGGCACUUCAGAAUCUCCAGAUACAUGGCUAGCUCCCUAUAUGAGUAUAGCGAGAGUAAAUAAUCGAGAAAUGCCUGUACUCCGAGAUACUGGCUCCACUAUCGAUCUGAUCGGAUGGGACCAAGUAACACAUCAGAUGCUUCUAGGAGAGACAGUGUGGGUUAAGCAGCCGCUAGAUUUACAUCCCUGGUGUUUACCCUUGGCUCGAAUUGAAUUAGAGGGAGAGGACUUUGGGAAAGUCAUUACUAAAGCCGCAGUGAUUAGCUCCGACCUGAAUCAAGAAUAUUAUCUGCUGGGAAAUCGAACAGCCCGAUUGAUAGAACAGAAUAAAAUGCAGCCCCAUAAAAUCAAUGCUGUUAUGACUCGCAGUCAAACGAAAGCUUGCAGCAGGAAAGAAAAUUCCCCUAGCCAAGGUCCAGAGAACAACGAAGUUGAGCGCCCCGCGGGGCGAAUGAAUGACGAGGAGGAGGGUGAAAUUUCCCCCGUUAGAAGGGUCAGCGCGGGAUGCGCAGAAGGAGAAAACCACUUACCCCCCCCGGUCGAAUGA